UAGCUCAGUCUCUCCGGGUCUCCGCCUGGGGUGGGUGGAAGGGUGUGAAGGGCCAGGCGCGGGGCGCGAAGAUGCCCCAGGACGGCGUUGCCGGCGGCGCUCCUGGGCAGGGGAAGGGAGCCCUGGCUGCCGCCGCCGCCGCUGCCGCCUCUGUCGCCUCUGUCGCCUCUGCCGCCGGAGUGGUCGGGCUCGGUGGCGGGGCGCUCCUGCCGAGCCCCGCGUUGGUGGCCUCCGUAACUGCGCCCGUCCCGGACCCGCUAAGGCGCUUUGUGUUAUUCUUGGAAAAUUUCGCACCACUUGUGAAUUCCUUGAACCUGGGCAUUGCAAACCCACUUCUGUUGGGCCCAUCUCCUUUGCAGUUUGCUCAGAUUAAGACACAGUUGGCUCUACAACAGCUGAAUGCAGUUGCUUCACAUGGUUCAGCAUCACCUUAUUCUUUAUUAAAUCAGUCAUUCUUGAAAAUAGCCAUGUCGAGACCCAGGUUUAAUCCUCGAGGACACUUUCCAGGUCAAAGGCCACAAGCACCUAACCCUUCUGGGAUGAAGCCUCAUGGAGGGUAUAUGAGAACUGAAACCAUGGGUAUCCCAAGAUUACACCCGUCAGGAAGACCCCAUGGAAUUGCGCAAAGAUUUGGAGGCCAUGAAUCUUACCAGAGCAUGGGCCCCCAUAGGACAAAUGUUCAGAUGAUGCAACACCGAACUGACCCAAGAUUGGCCAAAGAAAAAAUGGAUUUUCAUGAAGCCCAACAAAAGAAGGGAAAACCUCAUGUUGGCCAGUGGGAUGACAGUCCUCGUCCAGCGGGAACAGCAGGACUGAAACGUGGUUCUGCAACACACAUUGCAGACCAGAGUCCUAAGGUACAUAGUCGAUACACAAAGGAAAGCGCAUCAAGUAUUUUAGCAAGUUUUGGAUUAUCCAAUGAAGACCUAGAGGAGCUCAGUCGAUAUCCAGAUGAACAGCUAACCCCAGAAAACAUGCCAUUGAUACUGAGGGAUAUAAGAAUGCGUAAAAUGGGGCGCUGGUUACCUAAUUUACCUUCACAGAGAAGUGGUAAAGAAACCCUUGGUAGUGAGACAGUUUCAAGUAAUGUGAUUGAUUAUGGACAUGCCAGUAAAUAUGGUUACACAGAAGAUCCAUUGGAAGUACGAAUUUAUGACCCUGAAGAGCCAACAGAAGAAAAUAAGAACGAAUUUCAGUCCCAGCAGAAUAUUUCUGUGUCUGCUCCAAAUGUGAUUUGUAAUUCAAUGUUUCCGGUUGAAGAUUUGAUCAGACAGAUGGGUUUCCAAAGUGAGUCCUCCAAUAAUCAGUCAUUUUUCCCAGUUGAUAGUGCAAACAAGAUGUCAAAUUUAAACAUGACAGGACAGUCAGUCCUUGAACCAGUGAACUCUGUGAGCCAGUCUAUUAGUCAAGCAAUGAGCCAGUCACUUAUUUCUUCAAUGAGCCAAUCUCUGAUACCACCUCCUAUGAGCCAGCAGUCCUUUUCAACUGAGCUAAUUACACCUGUAAGCCAACAGGAGAGGAUUUCACAUGAACCUGGGAUUAAUUCAUCUAACAUGCAUAUUGGGUCUGGAGGUGGGAAAAAAAAUUACUCAUCAGAACCUGAUGCUCCUAUUCAGUCUCCAUUUGGAAUUGUAAAAGCAUCUUGGCUGCCCAAGUUUUCGCAGGCAGGUGCCCAGAAGAUGAAGAGACUUCCAACUCCUUCUAUGAUGAAUGAUUAUUAUGCUGCAUCUCCAAGAAUAUUUCCACAUAUGUGUUCUCUAUGUAACGUAGAGUGUAGUCAUUUGAAGAAUUGGAUUCAGCAUCAGAAUACACCUGCCCACAUUGAGAGCUGCCGGCAGUUACGUCAACAAUAUCCUGAUUGGAAUCCUGAGAUCCUGUCUUCCAGGAGAGAUGAGGGCAAUCGAAAGGAAAAUCAGACUCCAAGGAGACGUACUCACUCAUCUAGUGCCAGUCCCCGCCGGUCUAGGGGGCCAAGUUUUGGUCACAAGUUGCGGCGAUCUCGGUCUAGGAGCCCUGGACGUUACAUGCAAAAUAGACCAAGAAGUCGAAGUCCAAGAUGUUCACAUCGCUUCAGUCCCAGACACCGGUCUCGGUCGCCACAUCGAUCUAGAAAUCCCCUCAGGGGCAGUCCGAAGCCCCCAAGAUCUGCCAGCUCAGAGUGGACAUCAAGAAGACGGCCAAGGUCACCAGAUAAAAGAAACUCAUUGGAAGCUGCGGUACAGAGCCUGGGAGGACAUGGUUUUCCUGCAGAGUUCACUAAGCAGAAGCACUUCGAAGCAGGUGGGAAGGGAAGAUCUUCCACCCAAAAGACUCUCAGCGGUGGUUCAAAACCACCCUGUAAGACUGUAGGCUCAGCAAAGAGCGAGCCCUCUUCAGCCAGUCACUCUGUUCGUCAUAAAGCCAAGAAUCCUGAAGAUGCCUGCUCGUCACAGAUGCUGGAGGAAAGUGUUCCUCAAAGAAAGCCGUGGGAAGAUGAAUCCUUGCGUUGUGAUACAAUUAUUCAUGUAUCAGAGUUACCAACUGAUGGCUACACUGAGCAAGAUAUUAUAAAAAUAGUUCAACCAUUUGGAAAAGUUAGUGAUCUCUUGAUUGUUCCAUCUAGAAAUGAGGCAUACUUGGAAAUGAAGUUUAAAGAGGCUGUGGCAGCCGCCGUGAAGUACUGUGAAACAACACCGGUCCAAGUGAAAGGGAAGCGGGUGAAGAUCAGUGCCGCAGGCAAGAAGAAGCUGCCGAGUACUGCUCAGAACAAGGAUGGGAAAAAAGUAGUUUCCGAAACAAAGAAACCAUCGACUUCAAAAAAAGAUGUGGAUGCUUCAAAGGCCGAAUCUGUAACAUCAGCUUCCACUGGAAAGUCAUCAGUUAAUAAAAAGUCUGUGAUUUCCGCAAGUGCUAAAAGUAAUAAAACUUCUAACAAAUCAGCAAAACCUAGUGGAAAGAAGACAAUAGAAAGCAAAAAACCUAUAGAUCCCCAAAUUAAAGACUCUAAUAAGACUGUGGCAGUGCCAGAGAAACUUGCACCUUUAUUGACUGAAUCAGAUCAACCUACCAAGACUUUAGUUGACAAAGAAAACAUUGAAGCCAGGAGCAUUUCAGAAACCAAAGGCAUUUCUGAAACCAAGGCCACUGAGGACGCUGCUAAAGAAAGUGUUUCAGGGAUCACUGAAAAUGAGGAUUCAGUUAGCAAGGAAACUGAAGAAAUGUGCAUUGUCCUUAUUUCAAAUUUGCCAAAUAAAGGAUACUCUACGGAAGAAGUUUCUAAUCUGGCAAAACCAUUUGGUGGUUUCAAGGAUAUUUUGAUUUUAUCAUCUCAUAAAAAGGCAUACAUGGAAAUGAAUAGGAAGUCUGCAGAUUCUAUGGUAAAAUUUUAUACCUGCUUCCCAAUGUCAAUGGAUGGAAAUCAGCUUUCAAUAAAUAUGGCUCCUGAAAACAUUAAUCUAAAAGAUGAGGAAGCUAUAUUCACCUCUUUGAUUAAAGAAUCUUCCCCUCAGGCUCAUCUAGAUACAAUUCACAAUCAGUUUGUGCAUCUUGGUAACUUACCAGAUGAUGGAUACACUGAACACGAGGUAGUUUGUAUUGGACUGCAGUUUGGAAAAGUGGAUCGCUAUGUGUUCAUAAAUAAUAGAAACAAGGUAAUUCUUCAAUUAGAUAGUCUUGAAUCUGCUCAGAAAAUGCACAGCUUCUUAAAACAAAAUCCUUUUAAUCUGGGUGAAAAUGUAUUGACUUGUACAUUAUCUCUGAAGACAGGACCAUCUGAGGUUCAAACUGAGAGAGACCUGGAAUCAGGAAAAGAGAGCCCUGACUUGAAAAACAAUCCAGUUGAUGAAAGUGAGGUGCAUACAGCAGCUGAUAGUUCCUCAGUUAAGCCUAGUGAAAUCAAGGAAGAGACCAUCCCAAAUCCCGUCCUCCAAACAGAGCCUUCCACAUUGCAGGAAGACACUUCCAAGGGAGAACUUGAAAGAGGAGCAGUGUGUGACUCUGACUCAGCUCCUGGAAAGGUGGAGGUGGAAGUACAGAUGGAGGAGGCAGAGCUGGGGAAUCCUGACGGCGCCUCUGCCCUGGGCAAGACUGAAUUUACACGGGACCGUACAGAGAAUUCCACGUUUACUCCUCAGGACAACGUGGCUGAUCUGGAGAAGGAAGAGAUGGUCAAAGUUAAAGCUGAACUAGAACCAGGUCCCUUCAGUGGGCCAUGUAUGGAAGAAAAGGACAGUAAACAAAAGGUGGAAGAGUCUCUUCCUGAGACUGAAGAUGCCCACAGUGUGGAGAAGUCUGGAAACACCCUUUCAGAGUCUAUUGGAGAAAUAGCCGCAGACAUGGAAACACUUGAAGCCGGUUCAGAAGUGGUGCCUCCUCUUUCUCCCAUGGUCACAAUACAAGGAGCUUCUACUGGGAAUGAGAAGUUAGCAGUAAGCAAAGAGGAAAUUUGUGAUAAAAACACCCUGGAGGAAAAGGAGGGCAAGGUGAUUGAAUUCAAGGACACUAGAAUUGAGCUGAAAGCUGCGCUGGAAAUAGGGCCAGAAAGGACUGAAAAGAAUGUAGCUGAGGAUGCAUCAGGUGUGGAGAAGUCUGAAAAGAUUGUCGUGGGGACAAGAGAGAAAGCAGCAGAGACCAAGGAACACGCGAAUAAAGGAGUGGGCCAAGCUAGUAAGCCUGACGAAAUGAGUAAAACCAGUGUGCAAGUGGUGUCAAAUGCCUCCUCCAGCAAACUGAGCUCCAAGCCUGGGGCUUCCACCCCAAGCACGCUCAAGACAAAAGUGGCCAGUCAGAAGAGUGAGGUAAAAAUGGAAGAUCAGAGGACAUGCUCGAAGCUUUUGCCCAGAAGCCAAGCAAGCAUGGACAAGAAGCUCCUGGGCAAAGACAUGGGCUCCUUUAGACCUGCUGUUGCCAGGUCCACCCUGGGUGAAAGCAGCAAAUCUAAAGCUUCUCCCAGCGGCGUAGCCAGAGGCAGUGGGCGGACCUCAGUUCCACAAGACAAGGAUUACAGGGCUCUUACAAAACAGUCUCAAGAAACAGAGACUAGACCUGCCACCAUGAAACGGGAUGACAGCGGCAAUAAGACUUCUGCUGGGCAGAACACUAAGAAUCCUAAAGGCAGCUCUGGUAAAACUGCCAAACCUAGAGAGGAGGAAGAGCUGUUUCCAUUUAAUUUGGAUGAGUUUGUUACCGUGGAUGAAGUUAUAGAAGAGGUAGACCCUUCUCAAGUCAAGCAGAAUGCACCAAAAGGAAAAAAGAAAGAACUUACCAAGAAUCCUCCUUCCUCUGAGAUUAACUUAAAAAGAAGGAAAGGGAAAAGCUCAGUGUCUUGUGUUGCUGAGAGCGAGUUGUCUUUUGUUACGUUGGACGAGAUUGGUGAAGAAGAAGAUGCUGCUGCUCACCUGACCAUCGAGUCUAACUUGGAAACGAAAGCUCUGGUCACUGUAGAUGAAGUGAAUGACGAAGAAGAGCUCAAUGUGGAAGAAAUGGUUAAAAAUGCCAAUUCCUUGCUUACUUUAGAUGAGAUCAUUGAGCAGGAUGAUUGCACUUCCCAUGGUGAACCUAAAGAUGUCACUAUUUUGUCAGUGGAUGAAGAGCGAGAUCUUCUGAAGAGGGAACCCCUCGUCACUGUGGAUGAAAUUGGAGAGGUAGAAGAGCUGCCUUUAAAUGAGUCAGCAGAUAUCAGUUUUGCCCCUCUAAAUCCCAAGGAAGAAGAAAAUGCUGUGAGGGAGUCCAUUGGCUUCAUCUCUUCCCAGGUGCCUGAAGACCCAACUACUUUAGUUACAGUAGAUGAAAUACAAGAUGACAGCAGUGAUGUCCAUUUAGUGACUUUAGAUGAAGUGACAGAAGAAGAUGAAGAGUCUUUGGCAGACUUUAACAACCUUAAAGAGGAGCUUAAUUUUGUUACUGUUGAUGAAGUUGGAGAAGAGGAAGAGGGAGAGAAUGACUUAAAAGUUGAGACAGCUAGAAAAGAUGUUUGCCCUUUGGCUAAAACAGCAGGCAUUAAGAAGAAAACUAUAGUCACCAAGCAGGAAAAGCCUAAAGCUUUGUACCAAGUGGGCCAGAUUAAUGAGGAGCUUCUAGAAAAAGACCCCAAAACUAUGACUGAACGACACCUAGCAGAGCAAAGCAUGACCCAAGGUGCUUCACCUCAAGAGAAGGGGAUAAAGCCAGAGAGCAAGCAAGAACACUCAGCCAAAACUUCAGCUAAGAGAAGUAGAACCAAGAAAAUGCCAUCAUCAGAGAAUUUUGCUACAUCAGAACCACCCAAACUAGAAGAGGCUUCGGUGAAUAUAGUUGAAGAAUCUGGAUCAGAAGAUGCAGAACCAGAGAAAAAAAGAAAGAAAGAUGAAGAAUCUUCAUUAGAUUUAGAUUUUCUUAUACCGAAGGCUGGUUUCUUCUGUCCAAUUUGUUCCCUCUUCUACUCGGAUCAGAAAACGAUGGCAAAUCAUUGCAAGAGUGCACGUCACAAGCAGAAUACAGAGAAAUUCAUGGCCCGGCAAAAAGAAAAAGAGCGGAAAGAGGCUGAAGAGAAAAGCUCCAGGUGAUCAGGAGAAGAAUUCAUUAAGAAUUCAUUUAGGGUCCAGUUGAUUUUAUGUAUUUUGUUAUCACUUAAUUUGUAACUUUGUUUCAGAAGCAGAUAUUCAUGUUGUACAAAUUUCUGAUUGCACUUGAUGUAGAAAGGACCGUUGGGGGUGGGGGUGGGAGGUUGGGGGGGAGUAUGAUGGGUUUGAUUUUUAUAUCAAAUCAUCUGGCCUGGAGAAACAUCUUUUACAUACAAGUGUUGAAAUAAAUGUUGCUACUGUAUAUUUAACAGCA